ACUGCUGCUGCACGCAGGAGGACAAACCCACGCUUUCAUUCUCCACCUCCCAUCUCUUCCUCUGCUUCCUCUCACUGUAGCGCCGUCUGCUCCAGCUCCUCAUUGGGCUGCCUCCUCCUCAGGAGUGUGUGUGUGUGUCUGUGUGUGUGAACGGAGGAUGGGUGGAUUUCUGAAAGAAGGGACGGCGUGAGAUCAGAAGACAUUGACAGAUGGAUGGAUGGGGCGGAAACAGACGCAUGAUGCUGCCACCGCGGUGCGUCUGCUGAGCCAGCAAUUUCACACUGGUGAAACACCGAAAGAGAGAGAGAGAGGAGCUCUGCAGUUGAUCUCCUAUGUCGCUUGCCCUCCAUCGCUUAGUCCUGCUGACUUGAAGGCGUCGAGGAAGUCUUCCUGUCUCCGUUGAGACUAAACGGCCAAAUCUGGAACUAUUUCGCCACAAUACCACGAGCAGCUGUGGGGUUGAAGCUCAGGUCUGAUUCACUUUAUUCACUUACAAGCUCACGUGGAAACUGGUUUUACAGUUUUUUUUAAACCGGACACCAGCGUUAACUCCACUGAAGCUUCACGUUGCCGAAGAGGACUUCAUCCGGUUUGGAACUGAACGUUUAUUGUCCCGGACUCCACUUUAAUCCUGUUGAAACUCAAAGCUCUUUGCUCUACUCUGAAUCCCCCCCCCCUCACACACACUUGAAGGCGAUUCAGUUCAUCUGGGAACUCUUUCAGCCGACUCUGAAACUGAGCUGAUAUUUCUCCUCCGAGUUUCUCCCCCGAUGCCUUUGUGGACUGUUUGUUUCAUUUAAAAUCAUCAUCAUGGAGCUUCAGAGCGCCACCGCCAGCGGCCUCCCCGGGCCCCUGUCCCCGACUUUGGACUACGCCUUGUCCCCGAUGUCGGACGGCCCUUCUCAUGGCACCAGCCCCAACCUCAGCCCCGGGUUCUCGAGCCAGGCGGCCUUCAACUACAACCAGCUGGAGGGGAGGUUCAAACAGCUCCAAGAUGAGCGCGAGGCGGUGCAGAAGAAGACCUUCGUCAAGUGGGUGAACUCUCACCUGUCCAGGGUUUCCUGUCGGAUCACCGACCUCUACAUGGACCUGAGGGACGGGCGCAUGCUCAUCAAGCUGCUGGAGGUCCUGUCGGGAGAGAAGCUGCCCAAACCCACCAAGGGCCGCAUGAGGAUCCACUGCCUGGAGAACGUGGACAAGGCUCUGCAGUUCCUGAAGGAGCAGAGGGUCCACCUGGAGAACAUGGGCUCCCACGACAUCGUGGACGGGAACCACCGCCUCACCCUGGGGCUCAUCUGGACCAUCAUCCUCCGCUUCCAGAUCCAGGACAUCCGAGUGGAGACGGAGGACAACAAGGAGAAGAAGUCGGCUAAAGACGCUCUGCUGCUCUGGUGUCAGAUGAAGACGGCCGGAUAUCCAAACGUCAACAUCCACAACUUCAGCACCAGCUGGAGGGACGGGAUGGCCUUCAACGCCAUCGUCCACAAACACAGACCGGACCUGAUCGACUUUGAUAAGCUGAAGAAAUCCAACGCUCACCACAACCUGCAAAAUGCCUUCAACCUGGCCGAGCAGCACCUGGGCCUCACCAAGCUGCUGGAUGCCGAGGACAUCAGUGUGGACCACCCCGAUGAGAAGUCCAUCAUCACCUACGUGGUGACCUACUACCACUACUUCUCCAAGAUGAAGGCGCUGAAGGUGGAGGGGAAGAGAAUCGGCAAGGUUCUGGACAACGCCAUCGAGACGGAGAAGAUGGUUGACAAGUACGAGUCUCUGGCGUCGGACCUGCUGGAGUGGAUCGAGCAGACCAUCAUCAUCCUCAACAACAGGAAGUUCGCCAACUCUCUGGUGGGCGUGCAGCAGCAGCUGCAGGCCUUCAACACCUACCGCACGGCAGAGAAACCGCCCAUGUUCACAGAGAAGGGGAACCUGGAGGUUCUUCUGUUCACCAUCCAGAGCAAGAUGAGAGCCAACAACCAGAAGGUUUACACUCCUCGAGAAGGAAAGCUCAUCUCCGACAUCAACAAGGCGUGGGAGCGUCUGGAGAAGGCGGAGCACGAGCGGGAGCUCGCUCUGAGGACGGAGCUGAUUCGCCAGGAGAAGCUGGAGCAGCUGGCGCGGCGCUUCGACCGCAAAGCCGCCAUGAGGGAGACGUGGCUGAGCGAGAACCAGCGGCUCGUCUCCCAGGAUAACUUUGGAUUUGACCUCCAAGCCGUAGACGCUGCUACUAAGAAGCAUGAAGCCAUAGAAACAGACAUAGCCGCCUACGAGGAGCGAGUCAAGGCGGUGGUUUCCGUGGCGAGGGAGAUGGAGUCUGAGAAUUACCAUGACAUCAAACGCAUCACGGCCAGGAAGGACAACGUGAUCCGGCUGUGGGAGUACCUGCUAGAGCUGCUGAAGGCCCGCCGGCUGAGACUGGAGCUGACGCUGGGCCUGCAGAGAGUCUUCCAGGAGAUGCUCUACAUCAUGGACUGGAUGGAUGAGAUGAAGAUGAUGCUGCUCUCUCAGGACUACGGGAAGCACCUGCUGGGCGUGGAGGACCUGCUUCAGAAGCACGCUCUGGUGGAGGCCGACAUCAGCGUCCAGGCCGACCGAGUCCGCAACGUCAACCGCAACGCUCAGAAGUUCGCCGACGACAUGGAGGGUUAUAAACCCUGCGAUCCUCAGAUCAUCAGGGACCGCGUCGCUCACAUGGAUUUCUGCUACCAGGAGCUGAGUCAGCUGGCGGCUGAGCGGCGAGCUCGCCUCGAGGAGUCCCGCCGCCUCUGGAAGUUCUUCUGGGAAAUGGCCGAAGAGGAGGGCUGGAUCCGGGAGAAGGAGCAGAUCCUGUCCUCCGAGGAUUACGGGAAGGAUCUGACGGGUGCGCUGCGACUGCUGAGUCAGCACAAAGCCUUCGAGGACGAGAUGAGCGGCCGAGCCGGCCACCUGCAGCAGACCAUCAAACAGGGCGAGGAGCUGGUGGCCAACAACCACUUCGGAGCCGACAAGAUCAAAGAGCGCAUCCAGGACGUCCAGGAGCAGUGGGCGGCUCUGGAGCGUCUCUCCGCCGUCCGCAAAGCUCGUCUGCAGGAAGCCUGCAACCAGCACCAGUUCCAGGCCGACGCCGACGACAUCGACACGUGGAUGUUGGACGUGCUGCGCAUCGUCUCCAGCGUGGACGUCGGCCACGACGAGUUCUCCACGCAGGCUCUGGUGAAGAAACACAAGGACGUGUCCGAGGAGAUCCGCAGCUACCGGCCCGUCAUCGAGGCGCUGCACGAGCAGUCUCGCACGCUCCCACCCGAGAAGGCCAACUCUGAGGAGGUCCAGACCCGGCUGGCGGGCAUCGAGGAGCGCUACAAGGAGGUGGUGGAGCUGACGCGCCUCCGCAAGCAGGCGCUGCAGGACGCUCUGGCGCUCUACAAGAUGCUGACGGAGGCCUGCGCCUGCGAGGUUUGGAUCGACGAGAAGGAGCAGUGGCUCAACAGCAUGGACAUCCCCGAGAAGCUGGAGGACUUGGAGGUCGUGCAGCACCGGUUUGAGAGUCUGGAGCCGGAGAUGAACAACCAGGCGUCCCGGGUCGCCGUGGUGAACCAGGUCGCAAGGCAACUGGUCCACUGCGGACAUCCCAGCGAGAAGGAGAUCAAAACCCAGCAGGACAAACUCAACACCAGGUGGAGUCAGUUCAGAGACCUGGUGGACCAGAAGAAGGACAGCCUGAGCUCAGCUCUGGGAGUCCAGAACUACCACCUGGAGUGCAACGAGACCAAGUCCUGGAUCAAAGAGAAGACCAAGGUGAUCGAGUCCACCCAGGAGCUCGGGAACGACCUGGCCGGCGUCAUGGCGCUGCAGAGGAAGCUGACGGGGAUGGAGCGCGACCUCGCCGCCAUCGAGGACACGCUGGGCGACCUGGGCAAAGAGGCCGACCGCCUGGCCUCGGAACACCCGGAGCAGUCCGAGGCCAUCAAGGGCCGUCUGGACGGCAUCACCGGCGUCUGGGGCGAGAUGAAGGACACCAUGAAGAACCGCGAGGAGUCCCUGGGCGAGGCCAGCAAGCUGCAGCAGUUCCUGCGCGACCUGGACGACUUCCAGUCGUGGCUGUCGCGGACGCAGACUGCCAUCGCCUCGGAGGACAUGCCCAACGCGCUGGCCGAGGCCGAGAAGCUGCUGGCCCAGCACGAGAACAUCAAGAACGAGAUCCGCAACUACGAGGAGGACUACCAGAAGAUGCGCGACAUGGGCGAGAUGGUGACGCAGGGCCAGACGGACGCGCAGUACAUGUUCCUGCGGCAGCGGCUGCAGGCGCUCGACACCGGCUGGAACGAGCUGCACAAGAUGUGGGAGAACCGGCAGAACCUGCUGUCCCAGUCGCACGCCUACCAGCUGUUCCUCCGGGACACCAAGCAGGCCGAGGCCUUCCUCAACAACCAGGAGUACGUGCUGGCUCACACCGAGAUGCCCACCACUCUGGAGGGGGCCGAGGGCGCCAUCAAGAAGCAGGAGGACUUCAUGACCACCAUGGACGCCAACGAGGAGAAGAUCAUCGGCGUGGUCGACACCGGGCGCCGCCUGGUGACCGACGGCAACAUCAACGCGGAGCGCGCCCAGGAGAAGGUGGACUCCAUCGACCAGAGACACAAGAAGAACAGAGCGGCUGCCAGCGACCUGCAGUCGAGGCUGAGGGACAACAGAGACCUGCAGAGGUUUUUGCAGGACUGCCAGGAGCUGUCCCUGUGGAUCAACGAGAAGAUGCUGACGGCUCAGGACAUGUCGUACGACGAGGCCAGGAACCUCCACAGCAAAUGGCUGAAGCACCAGGCCUUCAUGGCCGAGCUGCAGUCCAACAAGGAGUGGCUGGACAAGAUCGACAAGGACGGGCAGGAGCUGAUGGCGGAGAAGCCGGAGACGGAGGCCAUGGUGAAGGAGAAGCUGGCGUCCCUGAAGACCAUGUGGGAGGAGCUGGAGUCGACCACGAAGGCGAAGGCCAAGUGCCUGUUCGACGCCAACAAGGCGGAGCUGUUCACGCAGAGCUGCGCCGACAUCGACAAGUGGCUGGGCGGCCUGGACGGCCAGCUGCAGUCCGACGACUACGGCAAAGACCUCACCUCCGUCAACAUCCUGCUGAAGAAGCAGCAGAUCCUGGAGAGCCAGGUGGAGGUGCGUCAGAAGGAGGUGGGGGAGCUGCAGGGCCAGUCGCAGGUCCUCAGCCAGGAGGGCAAGGGCUCCGAGGAGGUGGACGGCCAGAGGAUCGGCGUGGAGAAGAAGUUCCAGUCCCUCCAGGACCCGCUGAAGAAGAGGCGGGACAACCUCAUGGCCUCCCGUGAGAUCCACCAGUUCAACCGCGACAUGGAGGAUGAGAUCCUGUGGGUGGAAGAGAGGAUGGCGUUGGCCACGUCCACCGACCACGGAAACAACCUGCAGACGGUGCAGCUGCUCAUCAAGAAGAACCAGACCCUGCAGAAGGAGAUCCAGGGCCACCAGCCGCGCUACGACGACAUCUUCGAGCGCAGCCAGCACGUGCUGCGGGAGAGCAGCCCGACGGCCGAGGUCAUCCGGCAGCGCCUCGCCGAGCUGCAAGCGCUCUGGGAGCAGAUCCGCAAGGAGACGGAGAAGCGGCACACCCGGCUCAGCGAGGCCCACGAGGCCCAGCAGUACUACUUUGACGCCGCCGAGGCCGAGGCCUGGAUGAGCGAACAGGAGCUCUACAUGAUGUCGGAGGAGAAGGCCAAGGACGAGCUGAGUUCGGUGGCCAUGCUGAAGAAGCAUCAGAUCCUGGAGCAGGCCGUGGAGGACUACGCCGAUGCCGUCCACCAGCUGUCCAGCACCAGCCGGGGCCUGGUGGCCAUCGAGCACCCCGACAGCGAGCGUAUCGGCAUGCGUCAGUCUCAGGUGGACAAGCUGUACGCCGGGCUGAAGGACUUGUCGGAGGAGCGCCGGGGGAAGCUGGACGAGCGCCUGCGUCUCUUCCAGCUGAACCGGGAAGUGGACGACCUGGAGCAGUGGAUCGCCGAGAGGGAGGUGGUGGCCGGCUCCCACGAGCUGGGCCAGGACUACGAGCACGUCACCAUGCUGCAGGAGCGCUUCAGAGAGUUCGCCCGCGACACCGGGAACAUCGGCCAGGAGCGCGUGGACACCGUCAACCAGCAGGCGGACGAGCUGAUCAACACGGGCCACGGCGACGCCGCCACCAUCGCCGAGUGGAAGGACGGCCUGAACGAGGCCUGGGCCGACCUGCUGGAGCUCAUCGACACGCGCACGCAGAUCCUCGCCGCCUCCUACGAGCUGCACAAGUUCUACAACGACGCCAAGGAGAUCCUCAACCGCAUCCUGGACAAGCACAAGAAGCUGCCGGAGGAGCUGGGCCGCGACCAGAACACCGUGGAGACCCUGCAGAGGAUGCACACCACCUUCGAGCACGACAUCCAGGCACUGGGCAUGCAGGUGCGGCAGCUCCAGGAGGACGCCAUCCGCCUGCAGUCGGCGUACGCCGGAGACAAAGCCGACGACAUUCAGAAGAGGGAGGGAGAGGUCCUCGAGGCCUGGAAGCACCUGAUGGAGGCGGCGGAGGGCCGCCGGGUGAAGCUGGUCGAGACCGGAGACAAGUUCCGCUUCGUCAGCAUGGUGCGCGACCUGAUGCUGUGGAUGGAGGACGUCAUCCGCCUGAUCGAGGCCCAGGAGAAGCCCCGGGACGUGUCGUCGGUGGAGCUGCUCAUGAACAACCACCAGGGCAUCAAGGCGGAGAUCGACGCCCGCAACGACAGCUUCACGGCCUGCAUCGAGCUGGGCAAGGCGCUGCUGGCCAGGAAGCACUACGCCUCAGAGGAGAUUAAAGAAAAGUUGUUACAGUUGACGGACAAGAGGAAAGACAUGAUUGACAAGUGGGAGGACCGAUGGGAGUGGCUGAGACUGGUCCUGGAGGUGCACCAGUUCUCCCGGGACGCGGGCGUGGCGGAGGCGUGGCUGCAGGGUCAGGACCCCUACCUGUCCAGCAGGGAGAUCGGCCAGAACGUGGACGAGGUGGAGAAGCUCAUCAAACGCCACGAGGCCUUCGAGAAGUCGGCCGCCACCUGGGAGGAGCGCUUCUCCGCCCUGGAGAGGCUGACCACGAUGGAGUUAUUGGAAGUGCGAAGAAUGCAAGAGGAAGAAGAGAAGAGGAGACAACCCCCGCCCACUGAGGAGCAGCAGCUUGGCGACGCUGCAGCGCAGCACAGGGAGGGCGAGCUGGUGUCUCAGAACGGGCUGCCGUCCGAUCAGGAGUCCCCGAUGGACGGCGAAGGUGGAGAGGUGGUCAACGGCGUGUCGGAGCCCAGCCCCACGGGGUCUCCCGGGGCCGCUCGCAAGGCCAAGGCCAGCCAGGCGGCGACCCUGCCGGCCAAGUCGCAGCAGGACGCCCCCACGUCCCAGCUGGAGAGCUUCCUGCACCGCAAGCACGAGUGGGAGGGGCACAACAAGAAGGCUUCGAGCAGGUCGUGGCACAACGUGUACUGUGUGAUCAACCAGCACGAGAUGGGCUUCUACAAGGAUCAGAAGAGCGGCAGUCAGGGCAUCCCCUACCACAGCGAGAUCCCCGUCAGCCUGAAGGACGCCGUCUGCGAGGUGGCGCUGGACUACAAGAAGAAGAAGCACGUCUUCAAGCUCAAGAUUACCGAUGGGAAUGAGUAUCUCUUCCAAGCCAAAGAUGACGAGGAGAUGAACCUGUGGAUCUCGGCCAUCUCGACCGCCAUGGCGUGCGACAAGGCGGAGGUGACGCCCAGCAGCCACAGCACGCCCGCCCCGGCCGCACGCGCUCAGACGCUGCCGGCCUCCGUCGCCGUGACGGCGACGCCGGCGCCGGAGUCCAGCCCGGGCAAACGAGAGAAAGACAAGGAGAAGCGCUUCAGUCUGUUCAGCAAGAAGAAAUAGACACUCCCCCCCCCCCCCAACACACACACACCACCCCCCUCCUCCUCAUUCCUCUGGUGCUGUUUGGGGUCGCUCCUCAUUGUCGAUCCAUCCCUGGUCAAAUAUUUGUUGAAGAUGUCCGUGUCAAUAGAGCGCAUAUUUGAUUUAGAGUAGAUAAUUCUGUAAUAACUAAAAACUAGAAUAACUGCUCGACGUGUCAUUAAAUUUACUUCUAGAUGGAUUCAAAUGUAACUCUAAACUUUUAGUCUUAACAUGAAAAUAUGAAAUGAAGACGAGUCGAUCGCUUCGUCGGCCGUCUGCGUUCCCAUGUGGCUCAUCUGGACAGUCGGAGCAGAAGUCCCAAACAGCCUCUCUUUCCCGCUUCCUUCUAUUCUUUCUUCCUCCUCUUCCUCUCUCAAAAGCGUGACUCCAGCAUGCAAGCUCCGAGCCAAAACUCUCCACUCUGUGCCUAUCAACCGUCCGGUCUGGCUCAGAGCUUCAGUACAACAGCUACAAUACACCAACCUGUGUCCUCGGUUCAGUUUUUAUUUGAUUUUUUGUAAGAUGAGCAGGGGGGGAAAAACGAAUUAAAAAAAUACAAAAAUAAAAAAGAUCGGAUUGAAAGAAAACUAAUUUUAAUUGAGGUCUGCAAACACUUCAGGCAGCUGCUGUCGAGAAGAGAAUAAAACCAGAGUUUGCCGCUGAACAACAACAACACGCUGUAGAGGAGUUCCCCACAUAUUCCUGUUUAUUAUUCUUAUUGCUAUAUUUUGUGUUUUCUAUCUCCUACUGUUUUUGUGUUUGUUUUCUCUCCAUCAUCCCAGCUUUUCGUCGACUACUGCCUUUUUCGUGGGUUGUGUUUACGCUCCUGAGUCGUCUCGGUUUCUUUUGUUUAGCUCCUGUUCGGGUCCAUCCUCAGAUUUUUGCGAGGCCUUGUCUUUGCGAGAUGACGUGUAUCCCUCUGUUCGUGGGGUAAACCUCGGAAAUUACACCUCACACACGUUUUUAUCGUUUGAGCCGAAAUGCCUGAAACUAUACAAAAGUGUAAAAAGUGCCGAUUUAAUGCGGCGAAAACGGUUUCAAACCUUUAAAAGAGCGGGAAAAUCAAGUUUCAACGUACAAAACUCUAGCGCACUAAACAGCUUUAUUUUUAUUUUUAGUAACUCUGCUUUUCUGUUGGUUAAUUGUGUGCAAUAAAACCUGUGAGAAGCUUAAACACCAUCGUUACGUUCUGUUAAGUUCUGGUGCUGUCUAAUUCCUGCAGCUUCACACGAGAGAUAAAAAGAUGCAUAAAGUGGCUGUAAUAUGGAGCGUUACCCUGCGGUGCUUUGAACUGUUUGUAUAACUUGUGUAUAACAAACUGUUAAAGAAUAAACCUGUGUUUAAUUUCA